UUCCUCUACAAUCAGAAAGGGAUUUCCGAUAAUCGCAAAUUCGCAAUGGCAGAGCACUUGGCUUCGAUCUUCGGCACUGAAAAAGACAGAGUGAAUUGCCCAUUCUACUUCAAAAUCGGAGCUUGUAGACAUGGCGAUCGCUGUUCGAGGCUUCACACUAAACCCAGUAUUAGCCCUACCAUUCUCCUCUCUAACAUGUACCAAAGACCUGACAGUAUUACCCCUGGCGUCGAUCCUCAAGGCCAUCCCAUUGAUCCUCACAAAAUCCAGCAACACUUUGAGGAUUUUUAUGAAGACUUGUUUGAAGAACUGAACAAGUAUGGAGAGAUUGAGAGCUUGAAUGUUUGUGACAAUCUGGCUGAUCACAUGGUUGGUAAUGUUUAUGUUCAGUUUAGAGAGGAAGAGCAGGCUGGAAAUGCACUGAAGAAUCUUACUGGAAGAUUCUAUGCUGGAAGGCCCAUCAUUGUUGAUUUCUCUCCUGUGACUGAUUUUCGUGAAGCCACCUGUAGACAGUACGAGGAAAAUGUUUGCAACCGCGGUGGAUAUUGCAACUUUAUGCACCUCAAAAGGAUCAGCAGGGAAUUGAGACAACAGUUGUUUGGAAGGUAUAGGAGAAGGCAUAGCCGUAGCAGAAGCCGAAGUCCUUAUAGGCAUCGCAGCUAUGAUGAGCGCUCUCGCAGGAGUCAUAGUAGAAAGUAUGAUGAUAAGGACCAUUAUUAUGAGAGUCGUAGCAGGAGGAACAGAAGUACAAGCCCUGAUCGUAGGAGGGGUAGGAGCAGGAGUCCUGGUGGCAGGAGAGACAGAAGUCCAAUUAGGGAUGGCAGUGAAGAAAGGCGUGCACGAAUAGAGCAGUGGAACCGGGAAAAAGAACUGGCUAACAGGGGUAAUGAAGACAGUAGUAACAAAAAUGAAAACAACGAGAAUGGAUAUGUCCAAAACCCAGAUCAGUACUACAAUCAGCAAUGACUACAAAGUGCAUAUGGAUACUAAUGAAAAUAGUGUGCAGUGGUUUGUGUCCUUAUCCCUUAUGAUUGAUGCUUUUGAUUUGUCCUAAAAUAUUUUCUAUUGAGAAAAGCCACCUGCCAUAGCUUACUGCCCAUUUUCCACUUGCAGGUGGUGCAGGUUUUCGAUUCUUUGAUAACCAAUUUGAAUUUCUUUAAAUCCUUUUUAUGGUGUUUUGGCUAUUGACACACAUUUUCUGUGCAUUUCAUUGUUUACUAUCGCAUCAACUCUUGAAACCAUCCUUCUAAUUCCUGUUUCCAGACUCUUGUCUUUCUUAGCCGUACUUUUUCUUCUGUUGACAGAACUUCUUUCUGAAAUCCCUUUUUAUUUCUAGUCCUGUGAUGCUCUACUGUCAUCUUUGUAUGCCUUCUGAGAUCAUUUUCCCCGCUUUUUAACUUAACAAGUAUUGUUUGUCUCAACACUAUGCUUCCUGAGUUAUUUUAUUUGUACGUAGAAGUUUGUUUGUGAAGUCUUAGGUUUAUUUGAACUUCAAGGGAAUUUUUUUAAAUUGAAAUAGUGGUUUGAAGUUUGAACAUAUUUUGUAGUGAAAAUUUUCAGACUUCCUUUCGAUCCCCAGGCUUUAACUUUCACAAACUUCUUUUCCAAAAAACAACAACAGGAACAUAACUUCAACUACCAAAAAUCCAAAUGGGCCCUAAAUGCUUGUCUCAUUUUUUUAUUUUUUUAUUUUUUUAUUUUGAACUUUGGUCUGAGUACAGAAAAAAAUAUUUCUAAGGUUUUAACAUUAUAGGGCGUAAACACAUCUCUUUGACAUUUUAUUGUUAUGAACCGAAAUUCCUCAACAUUUCCCUAUGAUAGCUUGUUCAAAUUCCACAAACUAUUGUUUUAUUGUUUGAGUGAAAAUAAUACUGAUGCAUGUAGUUUUGUUUUGUUUCUUGGUUCAUAUUUCAGAACAUAUUUGUGUAAUAUCUCUCUGACAAAGUAGGAAUUAAAUUUUAAAAUUAGGUGAUGGAGGGCCAGAAAUCUAAGGUGCUGCGAUAUUUUUUCUUGUCCUGAUUUACUGGAACUUCGGAGCACAAUGUCUGAAAAACUUGUCAAACUGGUGGAAAAAUCUAUUUUCUGAAUUUCCUACCACUUCUACUUGUGCCGUUUCUACCUUGAUUUGAUCUUUUGAAGCAGAUAACUAUCAUCACAGGAAUGCUCAUUCAUUAAUUUCCAAAAUACUUUUUCCUUUUAAUGUUUUUAUAACAUCGUUGUCCGUCAUAUAAAAUUGUCCCUUAUUGUUAAGUGGGAUUAGAUUAUGUAAGAAAAUGACGAAAUUCUCUUUGUUUUAUCAAACAUUCCAGUUUAAUACCAUUUCUUGGCCAUAGAUUUGUCUAUCUAGGUUGUCCAGCUCAAAUGUUUUUUUCCCUCACCCCUAGGUUUAGAUUGCCUUGCAGAUGACUACAUGCAUCAUUUAUACUUGUAUAUUUUGGAAAUGCAUUUCGAUUGUUUGUGCAGACAGGUUUAUAUGACCAGAGCUCAUCCAGGCUAGUAGUUUUCAAACUGUUCUUUGGUUUUGAAUUUAUUAAUUGAUAUUGGUCUUACAGUUAUUGAGUUUUGCAGGUCCAGGUUUCCCUGCAUGUAAGGACCAAGACUUUGAUUUUAAUUACAGCUUACCAUGAAAUGUGUACAGGUGCUGGAGCCAAGUCAGAGGAUUUAUCUCGGCAGUUUCGGUUUGACAGGCAUUUGCAGGGAACGAUGACUGCGCCCUCGUCUGCUGCUCGAAACAGUGAUGUUGAAAUUCUUGUUUUUUUUUUUUAGGGUAAUGCAGUUUCGGAAUAGGGUACUGCGGGUUCUUCAUUCUCUGGACUUGUGUUUGCUAGUAUUAUGUAUGGUGACCAAUUUGUACGAGACUACUUUAGGUUCCGGAUGCCUAGUUUGUAACUUUUCUGGAAGAGAAUCUUGAUGUUAUCUAGGCAUUUCACCGUUUACUUGUUGA